UGUGAAUCCUCCACUGCAAAUCGCUAAGUGGUCACGUGAUAUGGAAUCAACUUGGAAACUGCAGAUCCGACGCCAGUUGAAGAAAAGGGACAGAAUGCAAUUGGGAAACUACGGAAGCCUGGUGGAAUCAUAUGCUCAAUUACUGGGGGAGAAAUAUGAGGAUACACAGAUAAGACAAGGGAGAGAGAGUACAGAAGACAAAAAAGAUUCCACAAAGUCAGAAGAACCUUCAAUGUGUGACAGAUCUGUUAGUCAAAGAGCACUUCACAAUAUCUCCGACUGUGUGUCCUGCCAUGACUCACAACAAAUGAAAGAAGAGAUUGUAACAUUACAGCAUCAUCUGAGUCACGUUGAAAGUGAGUACCAAGCUCUCCUCACACGGUGGAUCGAGGAAAAAAAGAAAGAGGCAGAGAGAAUUAACUACAGGAAUGCAAAAGUAGAAAGGUACUGGCGGCUCCUUUGGAUAAAGGCACAACGUAACAAGACUCCGGUAGUGUCCAUAACCUCUGAUUUAUAAACUAAUACCUACAACAGCAGCCCUAUAGUUUAUGAAUAUUUUAAUCUGAAUCACAUUUUCCAUCCUUAGCUAUUACACAAGCAUCGUAUGUACCUCUCAUGCCCUUUUAACCAAAUAAUUAUGUCUCACCUACUCAAUAUGCAAGCGCACACACACAAUCAAACCACUUACAAAGAUGAAGGCAUCUAAGAAAGUGUUUUACAACAUCACUGUAUUACUUAUAACAAAUACUCUUCAGUACAAUAUUGUAUACAGAAAUCCAUAAGCAUAGGUUUUAGUUUAAUAAGAGCAAUUAUUUUACAGGAAGCAGAGUGGUCAAGUGAGGUCAUAAUUUGGGUUCAGAUGGAAUUAAGACCCAGCCUUCCUUCUUCCCAAUCUUGGUGAGGGCUGCAAUUGUCCCCAGGGCAAGGCAGGCAGUUGUCCCGGUCAUGUAGUUGUGGGCUGCAAUAAAAACAAUUAGAUUGACAUUUCAAUUUCAUCCCUCAUAACAUUUUUUUAUGUGCAGAUGAAAAGAAAAAAAAAGUGAAAUACUGUAGUUUUAUCUACUGCACCUAGAGAGAUUGGGUGGAACCUGCAACAUGCUACACAGGGAUUUUUUGAUCAGGGCAGGUGGUUAUUUAAAAGUCCCUAAAUGGCUACAGUAGAAAAUAAACUACAUUUCUUGGCCUUUUCAAGAGGUGUGUCCCUGGUCUACAAAAUAACACUUUCCUAACAAAAUUACAGUUUUAAGUCUUAAAAGUUAAAAAAAAAAAAAAUUACUAAAAUGUGCUAAACAUUAAAAAAUUAAAGACUCCAAUUAAUGCAGCUUAAUCCAGCUAAGUCUAUACAUGCUAUUAGUCUCCUGUAUUAAAGGGAUAUUCGUGGGUAAAAAAUAAAAUGCUCUGUUCCUUUCUUCUACUAUGUGUUUAGCUCUUCCAAAAGGGUUAAAUACAUAGACAAAGUUGUGCUCCUGUUGCACUCCAAAUAAGGAUACAGCUGGUAAGCAAAUCAGGAGGCGGCAUACAAGCAUAUCCUCCAAUGUCUGGCUGUAUCAUCAUCUGUAGCAGAAUGGGAGUAUAAUUUUAACUAUGUAUUUAAUCCUUAAAGAAAAAAAAUGCUUAAUAAAAUGCUGUUAGCAGAAGCUUUACUGUAGAAUUUCUAGUGAAUGAAUCCUGACCAGAAGUCUUUAGUUCUGCUUGCUCAGCAUAUACAUAUGAGUGCCAUUACAAAUACUCACUUUUGACACCUAGGAAGAUGCCUGAAGCACACCCUCCUACAAAAUAAUUAAAAGCAUCAUCUGGCUUCUCGCGAAUCUGGGCACUAAGACAGGUGGAAAUCCCAAAGAUUGCACCAAGAGUAGCUGAAAACAAACAAAGGAUUACGCGGAAAAUACGGGAAAACAAGAAAUAAAAUAUUAUGAAAACAUUCA